UGGUAUCUUCCACUCGCCAGCUGAUCGGCCUCGACUCCCGGUGCGGUCCGUCGGACUGUACGCGGCCGUUAAUUUCUUGAUUUUUGUCUAAAUUACAUCGAAUUCAUAGUAACGGCCGCUCGUGUCCUGGUCCUUUACUUAUUACGCUGCGUUUUCAGCUCGGGGAUUUCGUUGUAAAGGAUUUUUGAUCAAACGUCGAGUCGAGGAAUUCCCGCACAAGCACUAGGCCGCGAGCGGAUCCCCGGUGUUUACUGGAGAGACCUACCGCCUUCACAUCGCCACCAUGGGGGACACAGGAAGCGAGCGCAGCAAGCCGCCUAGCAUUCCUCCCCGCUGCCCUUGUGGAUUUUGGGGGUCCAGCAAAACCAUGAACCUUUGCUCCAAAUGUUUUGCUGACAUACAGAAGAAACCACCAGAUGAAGACUGCACUCCAGAGCCCGCCCCCAGCUCAAGCAAUAGCCAAUCAGCAGUCUUCUGUAACGAGACGAGCAGCAGCAGUAGCCAAACCCUGUCCUCCAAGCCAGCCAGCUCUGAUGAGCCCUCGACAGAAGCCACACCUCUUCCUGCACAGGACGAAGUCUCCAGUACAGACACAGCUCGAGGCACGCUAUCCACUCCUACAAAACGACCCUGCGACUCAGCCUCAGGUUCGGAGAGCGAGUCGUCUCCCGAGAAGCGUGUUCGUGUGGGAGAGGCCUCAUGUUCUGAAGAUUCUCCACGAGUUCCCAAGCAGAAGAACCGUCGGCGGUGCCAUCGCUGCCAAACCAAACUGGAGCUCGUACAACAGGAGCUGGGGUCCUGUCGCUGUGGUUAUGUGUUCUGCAUGUUGCACCGGUUGCCGGAGCAACACAACUGUAUGUUUGACCAUCUGGGCCGCGGCCGAGAGGAAGCUGUGCUGAAGAUGGUGAAACUGGACCGUAAGGUGGGCCGAACCUGCCAGCGCAUCGGAGAGGAGUGCUCUUGAACGCCCCCCUGCACACACACACACACACACACACAUACUCUCUUUCACUCGCAAACACACACACACCACACGACUCACUCACCUGUUAGUGGCAUCUUUUUUCCCUCCCAACACAUCUCAGAGGACCUACACCCCUGCUUGACCUCUGACCCCUCUUUGUAGCCUCGUGCUCAUCACACACAGGCGACCCGCACAGCCUUAAUUUCUGUUAUCUGUCCAUCCACACACCCAAACGCAGGUCAGACUAAUUUGGCGGUCUGUACUCAGGAAUCUCAGAGGCUGCGAUCGACUCCAGGGGAAACACAUCGAUCGAUCGAGACCUCUGGGAUCCUCUACUCCGGAUGUUCUGAUGACAGACAGCAACCGAGGGAAGGGAGGGUGACUUGGAUCACACGAGUCACCCCGUCUCUGGACAACGCCAAAAAAGGCCGGCCCUGCCACGGCCCGUAGGCUCGAGCUCGAGCCGAGUCAGAGCCGUGCCGUUCACUGGCGUACACUCACACUCACAGAUGCACUUACAGCCGUGUUUUCAAACGCCGCUCAGCACGAGGGCCGAGGACAAGCCAGACGGUACCCUUUGGUUUGGGUUCGGUUGGGAAAGGGCCACCCACAGCUCAUCUGAGAACUAGUUCCUUCAGGUCUGAAUAAACACACUCUGUAACCUCGUACGACUCCCAUCAGCCCUUGCAUUAUACACUCUGCCUCUUUUAAAGCAGCUGAAGAUCUCGGUGGCUUUUUUUGCCCUUUUUUCUUGCUUCCUCUCCUUCAUUCUCACUAGUUCCUGUUCUUUCUCCUGCCUGCUCAUGCUAACCUUCCUUCAAUAUUCUCUUGAUUCGUUUUCUUCUUUCUUUCUUUCUUUCUUUCUUUCUUUCUUUCUUUCUUUCUUUCUUUCUUUCUUUGUUUCUUUCUUUCUUUCUUUCUUUCUUUCUUUCUUUCUUCCCUUCAUCAUUUGCAUUAUGGGAGGGGGAUGUGUUCAGCUCUGGUGGGAAUGAGGAAGGCAGAGUCUCAAUUUACCCGCGCUUUUCUGUUUGUUUUAAUUAGUUUUUUUAUUAUUAUUACUUUGACUGGUUUUCUGUUGAGAUAUCGACAUGGACAGAACUGAAGAAAAGAGAUGAAUAUUGUGUAUCUUAAGAAAAAUCCUUAUUUAACCUCCUUUGUGUUUCUGGUUAACUCUCACUCUAAGCAUAGAGCUGCAUUACUUUGCCCUUUUUAGGUUAACAAAAAAAAAAAAAACAUACAAAAAAUGAAGAUAUGGAUAAGAUAAAGUCUUGUAGCCUUUCUUUUUUUUGUUUUCUUGUUUUCCUUUUUUUCCCUUUCCUCUUUUGCUGAAAAAGAAUAAAACUGGAUUAGAGGA